CAGAAGAAGAAGAAGAAGACUUCCUGCGGUUUGUUUUGUGUCCCGGCAGCUUCAGUUAAACAUGUCAGCCACAGAGGACGACACCGAGCUGCGGGACCUGCUGAUCCAGAACCUGGAGAACAGCGGAGUCCUCAACAAGCUCAAGGCGGAGAUGAGGGCGGCGGUGUUCCUGGCGAUGGACGAGCAGGACAAACUGGAGAACAAAACUCCUCUGAUCAACGAGAACCUGAAGAAGAGUCUCCUCAGCAGAGACGGCCGCCUGGUGGCCAGCCUGAUCCUGGACUUCCUGCAGGUCUUUAACCUGGACUUCACCCUGGCCGUGUUCCAGCCGGAGAUCAACUCGCUGAACGGCCUGGACAGCCGGGACCUGAUCUGCAGGGACCUGGACCUGUCAGAGUCUGAGGUGAACAAGAACUGUCCUCUGCUGCUGGAGCUCGUCAAGAGGGGACGACGCAGACCGGCCCAGGAACCGUCUCCGAAGCAGAUCGCGCUCGCUCGGAAGAACUUUGACUUCUACGACAAGGGCGGGAGCGGCUCAGUCGCAAAGGAAGACCUGAAGAGUGUUUUCACAGAUCUGUGCCCCAGUUUGAACAAGAACAUGUUGGAGAGGUUCCUCACCGAUGAGCUCAGAGCUGCAGACAAGACCUUCUCUAAAACGAUCGACUUCCAGGUGUUUCUGGGACUCUACAAGCGUCUCUUCGCUCAGUGCACGAGUGUGGUGGUGCAGGACUCUGAUGUGGGUCAGCCUCAGAGCCGCCUUCCUGAGGACAGAACCAGCUCUCCACCUGCCAGUAAGAUCCCCAGAUAUAGAGGGCAGAUUCCCCGAGGACAGAGUCAGACAGCAGCUAAGGACUCGGACGGCGUGACGUCUCUGGGUAAAGGAGGCCUCCAGCAGCCGGGCUCCAAACACAGCGAGGCGUCUGACAGCCGGACCUCCUCCUCCGGCCCGAACAGAGAGCGCCUGGACCGGGACCAGGACCUGGACCUGGAGGUGGAGGACGAUCCAGACGACGGGGAUUCGUUCUUCGACGACCCGCUGCCCAAACCCCAGAAGACCUACGGCUGUCCUCUGACCGGAGAGAAGGACUCAUCAGAGAGGACGGACGGUCAGAAAGAUGUUGUCUCUCUGAGGGAGGAGGGUCUCUCUGGGCCGGUGUCGUCCCCAAUGAGGCGAGGCAGAAGCCUCAGCGACUUGUCUGUCCUGGCUGCUGACUCAGAGGGCGAUCGAGAGGAUCCUCUCUCUGAGCUCAGGAAGGUGGAGGCGUCUGGGGCCAGAGGGGCUCCAGCAGGGUCCCUGUCAGAGGCUCCGAGACCCGGAGGAGGAGGGAGCAGCAUGUCAGAGCAGAGCCACAGCAGGAACGCAGCGUCCGGCUCCAGAGAAAGGGGGUCCAGAGACUCGAGGGCCCUGAAUGAUAAAACUGGAUCUCUGCAUUUCGAUGACGACGUUGAAUAUGACGACGACUUCAACAGCCAUCGGUCAGAUCUCUCCAAGAGCGAGCUCAGCAUCGGGGAGGAGAUCGAGGAGGUUUCCAUUGAGGGACCUGACAACAGUGACAAGUUCGACGACACCACUCAGGACCUGAGUGUCUCCCAGCUCAGCCAGAAUCAUGGCGCCGACUACAUGGAGGAGGUGGCCUGACCGUCCCAUCACCCAGCACGGUUCCCAUGAUGCACCUCUUUGUAUCGUCCAUAUUUAAAUCUGUACAGUUUCAGCCAAUAAAUGUGUUUGUUUUGAGCG